AUUGUUCGGCUGGUGACGAUAUAAAUAAAUACAAACACCCGGUUUCGACAUAUUUACAUACUUAAAAACUUCAAACAGCUUGAGAAGUAGUACUGAAGCUGAUGAUGAUUGUGGAUGACUCGGCGAUUGGCCAACCCGAUUCGGUAAAACUCUGUGCUUUGAUCGGAAGAUGGUUUAACGACUUUGCCACCCGACCGAUAGAAGUAUUACCAUUCCGAAAUAUCCUCCCCUUGACAGGCUUCACCAUACUUCAUUCGCUGAGGAUAGCCUACCUGUAUCAUUCGGUUUUGAGCUCUCAAGGCGUCAAGGUCGGUCGCAGGAAGCAGGAUGUCUCCUUCCUUCAAUCCGGUCUGGUCUGUACUACCUUGGUCAUGAGUGGUACUACCAUGGCUGCCCUCCUUCAAGGUCAACCCUCCGGCUUGCUCUCCGAAGGAAGCGGAGAAUUGGUGGCCUCAUACAUGCUUGCAAGCUUUGCGAUGAAGUGGCUACAUCCGAUCAUGGCACAGCUUCCUCAGCUUCCCUUGAAACUGCUCUGCUUUUUUAUCGACGGCUUUGCCACUACCUUCGGAACCUUGUCGCUUGGCCUGAUACCGACGUUGAAAGAUCCCACUAAACAGUCUAGCGCGGGAGAACCUCUAAUAUUACCGAUGAUACUCAUUCCACUCCUUUGUGGCUCGGGGGCCUCGUUACUGGUUCCAUUUUUCGGAUUAUUCCAACCUCAGUUCUCGUUUGGUCAUCCCGGCUUUCUGUCUGAAAAUUUAUCAGUCGACUUUUGGGGGCCCUGGAUGAUCAGUUUAUGUUAUGGUACCAUCGUUGAUGGUCGCGGCUUGUUGUUUGGGGGCUGCCGACAAAUUUUACAAUAUGGGACUUUCUACGGCCUUGAUUCUAACUUCAAAAAAGGUUCGACUCCGACGCCUUGGAUGAGACCGGAUGAAGCCCACGUCCUAUGCUCUUUGAUUCUCUCGACUACCUAUAUCAUCAACGAGUUUGGUCCCCAGUUCCUCAAUAGGUUCACUCUCGCUAAACCGAGUAACUCUACCAAGAAGGAAAAAACUCAGCCCGACGGUGGAAAUCCCAACACAGUCCUUGCAACUGGCUUUGAAAGCUCAUCGGGGAAGGUAUCCAACAGAAAAGAAAAGCAAUAAACAACCUUAUUACAAAAAAAAACAUCACAUGUGGCAUGGCUUGAACGUGAUCUUAACAAACUGGAGAUUUUGCUGUUGCCACAGUGUGACUUCACAAUACGAGAAACUCGUCCACCAAUGUAAAAGAUGACCCGCGUGAUUACAAAGUUCAAUUUACUUAAAAACAUAUGUUGUACAAACUGUCCGCACUUAUUUAUGUUGAUCAAGAGUGGGUUUGAAAGCUUUUGUCAAGCUUGCUUCAAGAAUGAUGAAAUUUCUGCAACUACCAAAUGAAACAAAUGUUUAAUGUAAAGUAAAAAGAGGGAUCUCACAUCUAUGGUACAUUUUUGCAGUUCAGUCAGCCCUCUGAAGAAUGAACCAUACAUUGGCCCUUAUGUUACAAUUCUCAUGUAACACUUAUUUAUGAGGAACCACACAGAUACUGUCAGCCAUGCAAGUAAAUCCAAUGUACCUUGUACAAGUUCAGAGCAUCUCUAAUGGUCCUGGGGGCAGUUGACAUGUGUUCCCUGGCC